AUGAGUUUCGUCUCCGCUGUGUCACUUCGCCGGUUGGUGGCAGCGAUGAGAAGCCUUGGGCUUGUGUGUGUUCUGCCGGUCGGCGGACAGGACAGCCGCAACGAGUUUAUCCUGACAACCUUGCUGAAGUUACAGUACCUCAUAGAGCCCGCACAGUUCCCUGCCGAAGGAGGUGAAGAAGGGCUUGUGGAGUUCCCUCAGGCGGGUGACACCGGUGUGCCAAGUGACCCUGCGGAGCGAGCAGCAAUGUCGGUGGUGCAAGAAGUAAAAACGCAUAAAGACCAACUCAAGCUGCUUCAGAACCUAGUUGCAUUCAUGCUGCAGAGGGUGGGUGUUGCUCUAGAGUUGCAGGCCCUCUUCCGUGCAGGGGCAGAGGCAGUGUCCGAGCUGCUGCGUCUGUCUGAAACCCUCGCGGACGCCGCGAAGCAGGCAUCACAUGAUCAAGCAAGUAAAAAGGUGGAGAAAACAACCGUUCACCUGCAGGCCGUAGAAAACGGGGAAGGACGGGUCAGGCGGGAAGAACCUUCCGAGAUAUCCCAAAACUUCAAGGAGGCACUUCACACAGUGCAGGCCCAAGUAGAAAAGGUAAUCGUGUCAGUGCAGAGCUUCUAUGGGAAAGAACAGACUGAGGAGAGGAGGAAAACCGAGGAGUUCUUGCAAGCCCUCUUAGCUCCAGAAGGUCCCACGGGGGCAGACGUCGUUGCUGCAGCUGCCGUAACGGCCAGCAGAAGCGGCAGCAGGGCGUUAUUGGGGGAGCAGCUGGAUAGGAGCCGCCAAGCCCUGAUGGAGGUGGAAAGACGCAAUGAGGUGCUCGCCUCCCAAGUGCAGGAACUAAAGGAAAAGAUCCGUGGGGAGGAGCAAAAUGCAGAUCGACUCAGCAAGCAGUUGCUUCUGCUGGGAGGUUCUCAGAACCCUGCGCUUGCUGCUACUGAGGAGCAGCAGCAGCGUGAAAUGCAAGAACAGCUACGCCAGCUGUACAUACAAUACGCACGAAGGUCGGCUCUUUGCGACACGUUAACUGCAUCAGUGGAGGCAAUGGCUGGCCGAGCAGAGGCAGCAGCUGCUCAGAACAGGCUUCGCCUGCAGGAGGCCAUGCAGCAGCUGCAGUUGGAGCAAGCUGCAGCAGCAUCCGCCACCGAGACCCAUACUAAUUGUGUAGACACCCUCUGCGGGGCACUGUCGGAGGACAUGGGUCUCACCCUGGCCUCCUCUGAACAGCUGUGUACAGAAGGGAGUGAGCUCGACCUUACUUGCAUAUAA